AUGGAGGACGCGCACCGGGCCGCCCGCCUGGCCGCCUCCUGCCUCCGCACGCCGCUCGACCCGCGCACACGGGCCCCCGCCGCGCUCUACGAGCGGGGACCGCCGCCCGCCGCCGCGCAGGAUGGCUUUGACUUGGAUUCAAAUACCAACAGAGAGCAGGCGUCCCCUCCAAAGAGAGACCGUGACAAGUGGAUAGACUUUUCCAAAAUGUACAAUUCAAAUCAAGAGUAUUACUUAAAGCUGGAAGAGUUGAAGAAUGCCCACAUGGAGACCAUGGCAAAACUGGAAAGUAUGUAUCAGAACAAGCUGUAUUUAAAAGGAACACAAGGCCUGGAGAAGAGAAAUGACACCUCUCCAAAGUGCUGUAGGCCAACUUGGGACAAGAGUUCAUAUCAGCCUCUUAACCUGCACAAAUCCUUUUCAGACUCAGACUUGAGUGAUCCCUCGGGCUCAAGCGCAUCGGACAUGUCUGAUGAAGAAUUAGUGUUUGAAGAGAACGGCAGCGAAGCUGGAUCAUCCUCAUUUGCUAAACAGCAGAUUGAAAAAAUGUGGGAUGGGUUCUGCCUGGAAGACUACAUCUCCCAUGCCAAGCACAGCCUGCCCAGCUCACCAGCCUGCAGGAAAGUGCACAAGAAGGAGAAAGUGUGGUCCCCCAGAGUCACCGUGCCCAAGCCCUUCCAGAUGACCAUCCGAGAAGCUCAGAAGAAAGAGCAGAACGUCAAAUCCAAGUCACAGAUUGAGCUGGAAAAUCACCUGCUGAAGAAGCAGCUGGAGGAGGAGGCAGAGUGUCAGAAGAAGUUCCGAGCCAAUCCCGUGCCCGCCGCCGUCUUCCUGCCGCUGUACCAGGACAUCGUGCAGCGCAACGAGGAGCGCAGGAGGUCGGUGAGGGAGAGGAGCAGGCUCCAGCUCCUGGCUACACAAAAGCCCUUCAAGUUCAUUGAGCGAGAGAGGCAAAGGCAUGAAGCCAGGAAAAUGCAGUUAAAAGACCUUUCCCCGCCUGAAAAUAAAAUCAAAGUGUUCAGAGCAAAACCAGUCCCCAAAUGUGUUUAUAGUGCAGAUUUCCAUGACAAGGUAAAGGAGGAGGAGCUCUGCAGGGAAAUCAGGAUCAGGAUGAGAGCUGAGGAGCUGCUACGAAAUUCAUCUGUACCCAACAGCAGACUGGCCUUGAAAGAGACCACCAAAAAGAAGAAACACAGGAGCACUGAACCAAAGCAAAUGGAGCACAAGCUCAAGAUCAAAUCGAGCGUUCCCGAUUUUGAACUCCUACAUGAGAAAUUCCAGAAACGCCUCCUGCAACAAAAAAAAGUGAAACCCCUCACGGUCUGUGAGCCUUUCGACCUUUGUACUUCAUACAUUCCUUCAAAAAAGGACAAGAUCUUGAAGGACAUGCAAGAGGAUGAGGAGAAAUUGAAGGAAACACGGUGGCCGUUUGCAUCUCCGAGGCGGAAGCCUCAGUCAGGGGCAAACCCUCAUCUCCUGGGAGAGGGAAAAUCCAAACCUCCAAAAACCACAGAGUCCACCAGACGACGGCUGCAAGCCCUGAGGAACAACGAGAAGCAGAGAAGGCAGGAAUAUUUGCAAGAAUUGCAAGAAAUGGAAGAAAGAGUGAAACAAAUGCCAUUGCUUUUUGAAAGAGUCACUCAGAAAAAUGCCAGAAUAGCUGCAGAAAAGUAUUAUUCAAACAGGCUGAGAGCACUGGGGAUCUGCCCAGAGUUUGUUUCAAAGAAAGGAGGAGCAACCAAAUCUCUGCAUUUCUCCACUGCUGGGGAUUUCACCUCCACUGCUGGCAGAGCAAGAAUCACCAAGGUUAAAGUGAAAAAAAUUCAGUUCUUGGAGGAAGUAGCUGGUGACAGUCCCCAGUCUGAGCAGUCCUGGGAGGAGGAGGAGGAGGAAGAGGAGGGAAAAGGUGUCAAAACCUCCACCCCACUUGAGCAGUGCAGUGACCUGGAGGAUGGGGGUGUCCUUGGGCCUGAAUCCAGCCAGCACAGUGACCAGGGGGAGGAGGAGGAAGGCAAGGCACACCUGUCACUUGGCCAUUCCCAGGAGGGCGAGGAGGAGGAAGAGGAAGCAAAGGCAGACCCAUCUCUGAACCAUUCCCAGGAGGAGGAGGAGGAAGAGGAGGAGGAAGCCAAGGCAGGCCCAUCCCAUGGCCAUUCCCAGGAGGAGGAAGAGGAGGAGGAGGAAGCCAAGGCAGGCCCAUCCCAUGGCCACUCCCAGGAGGAGGAGGAAGAGGAGGAUGAGUGCAGACCCAGGUCUGAUGGCUCCCAUGAAGAGGAAGCUCAGUCUGACCCUGAAGCUGAGGGUGCUUUCCAGUAUGAGGAUGAGGAGUAUGAGAGUGAUGACUCUGAGGAGAAGGCCAGUGAUGAGGAAGGGCACUGAGGAAGGGCUGGGGCUCAGGAGCCUCUUGCACUGCUGGCUGUGCUUUUUGAAGCACUUUCUGUAUUUACAAUGUUGUUAUUGUUAUCCUCUAGAAACCAUCCCCUCCUGUCCGUGGUUAUCACACCAAGCAGGUUAUGCUCUCUUUUCCUUCCAGGAACAAAUUAUUACAUCUUUACCUUUUACAGCUGCUCCAGAUGAAGAGAAAAACAAAAGAAUUCAAAUUCUUGAAGCAAAUGUUUGAAGCCAUCCCUGGUUUGGAAUCAGUUCUGGUCUCGUAGAAUCCUCAAUGGCAGCAAGCAGAACAUUUCCCUGAGUCUGGCAGAUAACAGGCACUCUAAAGAUCAAGAUAUGUUAUUAAAAAUUGUAUCAGACACCAGAGAGAAACUUGGUGCUUUGCUACACAUCCAAAAUUCUGUGAAUUUGUACCUCUUAGUUUAGGAGCCCUGCCAGUGCAGGAAUUCUGUUUGUUUUCCAGUCAGAAAGCUCAGGUUGCUAGUUUCCACCAAGAAAA